GUCUUUGCGGAGGAAUGUCGCUGCUGCUAUAUUUCUGUCGGGAUGGAGGACUGACAGAUGUUUUGAGAAAAAGAUGUCAGGACUGCACUUCCUUAUCUUAUUAAAUAACCAUGAAGCUCCAAACAACAUGGUAGUUCCCUCCAUUUCCAUCUGGCAAGCAAGAAAAUCCAGUCAGAUUUAAGAGAGCGGCAGAUUCAUCUCAGACUCCACAUUUAGUCAUUUGGUGUCCUGUUUUCCUUCUGAGCAUGGACCCUUAACUUCCUCAAGCGUCAGGAUACACUGUUUAAUCUCCCUCCAGUAGUCGUGUGAAUUAUCAGGGGAGCUCCACCGAACUACAGAAUAUCACCGCACGAGCUCAAGAAGCCUCGGCAAGAUGUUUUCAGCACUGAAGAAGCUGGUGGGGUCCGAGCCUGGGCAGCUCGGCCCAAAAAACAUCCCGUCCGGCCUGCAGUCCAUGAACCAAAGUUUGCAGAGACGCUUCGCCAAAGGGGUCCAGUAUAAUAUGAAAAUCGUCAUCCGUGGAGACAGAAACACUGGAAAGAGUACUUUAUGGCACCGACUGCAGGGGAAGAAGUUUGUGGAGGAGUACAUACCCACUCAGGAGAUCCAAGCCACAAGUAUCCAUUGGAAUUAUAAAACUACUGAUGACGUGGUCAAAGUAGAGGUGUGGGACGUGGUAGACAAAGGUAAAGGCAAAAAGCGUGGAGACAAUUUGAAGCUGGAGAACGAGCCCCAAGAGUCAGAUGAGGUUGCCCUGGAUGCAGAGUUCCUGGACGUGUACAAGAACUGCAACGGAGUCAUCAUGAUGUUUGACAUUACCAAGCAGUGGACAUUUAACUACAUCCUAAGGGAACUACCCAAAGUACCCACUCACGUGCCGGUGUGCGUGUUGGGAAAUCACAGGGACAUGGGAGAGCACCGCGUCAUCCUGCCCGAUGACAUCAGAGACCUGAUCGCUGGACUCAACAGACCAAUGGGAUCAUCUUACAUCCACUAUGCUGAGUCGUCCAUGAAGAACGGCUUCGGCUUGAAAUAUUUACACCGGUUCUUCAACAUCCCCUUCCUGCAGCUACAGAGAGAGACCCUCCUGAGGCAGCUGGAGACCAACCAGUUGGACAUGGAUGCCACCCUGGAGGAGUUGUGUGUGCAGCAGGAGACUGAAGAUCAAAACUAUGAGAUUUUCCUGGAGAACCUGGAGUCUCGCAGCAAAGGCUUCGGCUCUCCCGGUCCAGCCAACGGUCAGAGCCCCUCCUCAGGCUCCCAGUCCCCCAUCGUCCCACCCAGCGGGGCUUCCACGGGCAGCUCCAGCCCGAGCACCCCUCAACCCCCUGUCCCCUCCCAGGCGCUACCGCAGUCGCCGUCCGUGUCUGUCUCCUCCCCUCCUCCGCCCCCCACGGGUACAGCCAGCGCCGCGGCCUCGCCCACUAUAGAACCCAAGCUUUCGGCCCAGUCGCCCGAGCAUCUACAGUCCGCUCCUGGAGCGUUGGCCCCACAGAAACGUGGAUUCAUAUCACGCUGGUUUGGCGCCUCUGCUGCUGCUGAGACUCCUGCUAGUGCACCAGAGGAACCUCCUGCAUCAGUGUGUCCCUCUAAGGUGCAGAGCGUGGACGACUUUGUGCCGGACGAGAGACUGGACAAGAGCUUCCUAGAGGACAGCCUGCCCUCCAAGACAAAGGUUCCUCAGCCUGCUCUGGCUGUGGACAGCGACAGCGACGGUGAAGGCCGAGGAAAUCCCAUGGUGUCCGGUUUCCAGGAUGAGCUCGACCCAGAUGACACCGAGCCUAGCCUCCCACAGCCCAAGACGCUGCCCUCCAAUAAAGAUAUCAGUCUGUCCAGUGACGAGGAGGAGGUGGUACCAGCAGCCCCCACCAUCACGCAGGACCAGGACCUGGACAGCGAACCUGACUUGAAAGCGCCUGUGAUCCACAUCACAAAACCAAAGGUGGCUAAAGCUCCAGAGCCCAAAGGCCCAACAGCAGCGCCCAUCUCCCUCACUUUAACCCCAGCGGUGGAGCAGCCGGCCCGACACCAAGGCAAGAAGAAGGGAAGCACACCUAAGACAGAGGACUCUGACACCGACCCCGAGGCACCCUUCGCCCAGCAGCUGCUCUCCUUCGUCAUGGAUGACCCCGACUUUGAGUCUGAGGCAUCAGACACACCAAAAGUAACUAAGGAUACAUUUCCUAUCAGGGAUGAGCUUCUCUCCGACCUCUCCGACGACGACAUGCAGUCAGCCAAGGUGACGGAGCCUCUGAAGCCCACUGUGAUCUCCUUCAAACACAAGGACGACACCGACCUGUUCGGUCUCGGCUUCCAAGAAGAGGCUCCUGCAGCCAAAGACAGCAGCGAGGAGCAGGAAGAGAAAGACAGUAAACAUUCCUCCAAAGAAAAGAAGAAAAAGAAGAAGAAAAGCAAAGAGGAGGAUGAGAAGAGCAAGAAGAAACACAAAUACAAGAAGAAAGAUGAGGCUGGGGCCGGGGACGAAAAAGAUAAAAAGAAAAAGAAAUCCCGGAGCAAGAAAACGGAAGUGGACGAGUUGGAGGACUUUCUUGGCGGAGGAACAGGAGCCGUCAAAAGAGACGACGGGGAUUACGAAGAACUAUAAAGCCUCCAGUUUUUCUUCGGGGAAAAACGAGCCACGAGAACAGCAGCGUUGCACGUUCUGGGAAAAAAAAGUAAAAAAAAAAAAAAAAACCUCCUGGUUUCUUGACUUGCAUAAAGCAGCAUCUCCAAGCCAUACGCAAUACGCAAGGCUACCAACAACACCCAGGUAAACUCAGCCAGGACUCUGGUUCCUGUACGUUCCUCCUGAUUGAUUCCCCCCCCUCCCCCGACCCCCUACAUCUGCACUACUGCUGUCACUUCCAUUCCAAUAAGACGAGGAGACCGACAUGUACUGUAAUGAGUCGCGACUUUCGAAAUUUGACGAUCGGUGUAGCUGCAAGGGAGCGGCUCUUUGUACUAACGUUAGCUUAAUAUUUUCGUUGAUUUAAUACACUCUCCAAGCGAUCCACUCCGAAAUCAGCUGCUGUAAAUAGGGUGACCAUUUUGUCUGAAUGUUCGUGUGGUUGGUGUAAUAAUUGAGUGCAUGCUCAAAGUGACAACUGACUCUUUAGAGAAAUUCAUAGUAUUCCUUCCUUUUCUUUCUUUCCUUCUUUCUUUCCUACUUAAAUGGUUAAUGGCAGAUCUUUGUCCAGGUUUAAUGUUUGUGUGUCUAAUUAUGAAGACUAAAGAAGAAGAAUUCAGAGUGUUUCGCCCAUCGCUAACAUAGGAAAUGACUACGAUUACGACCACAAUGACUAAGAUAAGUUCUUGUCCUCCGUCCACACUAAGCUGCCAUGUUUCUAAACAAAAAAGGGAGCUUUCAGAAAACUAAGCCACAUUCAGAUCACGUUUUUUGUUUGUUCAGUCAGAGGGGGCAGAACAACCAGGAUGUGUCUGACUCUAUAUUUUGACUGGGCAUGACAGUUGUGUUUGCCGACUGAAAUACAAAUAGAUGUACAUAGAGCUCAGACCACAGUAUUUGUUCCAACCUGACAGACAUGAGGCUUCAAGAAUGAAAAUGUGCGUUGGUCGUUGUUGUUUUUUUUUUUUUCUUCAUGCCUGAAUCCUGCAUAUUGUGUGUAGACGAUGACAGCGUCUCACAACAUCCCAUUGAAGACUAGCAUGAGAAGCGCUUUUACUUUCAUUCAACUGAAUCUGUACCUGCGUAUCACCCUUGAGCGAGAGUGUCCUUACAAGAAAAACAUGGUCAGUCAUCUAAGCAAGCGCCCCAAAACAGCAUAAUGGUUAAGUUCGGGUGGCACUGCCAUCUAGUGGCAGUAGUAAAUAUAACAAAAGCAAAACAUUAGACUUUAAUUGUUCCUCGUUUCCGAUUUCGAGUCUACAAAUGUCUUUUUAUUUGUGUCAGAAGUGUAGACAUUACAAUUCACUGUGCUCUUUAUCAACCCCAACGUACUACCCAUCCCACUCUUCCUUGUGCUGAGAAAUGUCUUUAGAUCCAGUUU